AUGUUAACACCAGGAAAAAUGAUGGAAAUAGCUGAUGAAAUGCGCAGGUAUAGCCUCAAAAUACUUUCAGUUCAAGAAAUAAGAUGGGCGGAUUAUGGAAAAAUCGACAAGAAAACGGUUUCAUUUUACUAUAAUGGAGUUAAGGGCAAAAUGGGAAGAAAAGGAACCGGAUUCUUUAUUGACAAAAAAAAUAAGGGUAAUAUUAUGAGUUUUGAACCUAUAGAUGAAAGAAUAUGCAAGCUCCAAGUAAAAGGUGAAUUUAAUAACAUAACUUUCAUAAACUGCUACGCCCCUACAGAAGAUAGAGAAGUUGAAGAAAAGGAACAUUUCUAUAACACUCUGAUUAAGACAAGCAAAAAUAUAAACAAAUAUGAUACAAAAAUGAUACUAGGCGACUUUAACGCGAAACUAUGUAAGGAGCCAUUCCUUAAUGAAAUAUGCGGGAAAAAUUCACUACACGAAGUAACCAGCCUUAAUCGGUUACAACUUGCACAAAAACUAAAUCUUAGAAUAAUGGACACUUUUUUUGAACAUAAACGAAUACAUAAGACUACGUGGAGAGUGCCGGGAAAUAGAGGCUCAAAUCAAAUUGAUCACAUUCUUGUCGAUGGCAGGCAUUUUUCGUCAAUCCUCGAUGUUAAAGUUUGCAGAGGAUCUAAUUGA